CGGGCUAGAAUCGAGGCUAUGCUUCGUGCGAUUUUCAGACGAGUCGGAAUGGGAUGGCGUACACAAUACGACGAAUUAAAAUUGCACAUGGCGGCCGCCAUCAGACGUUCUCGAGGGAAUCUCGUGGAAAUUAUCUGAAAUGUAAAGAGUCCAUUGCAAAAUUGUGCCUGAAGCAAGUGACAAAGAUCUGAGAGAGAGUGUGAAAAAGUCACAGGAAAGGAAAAUUGAGCCGCCAUGACGACCAGCAGUGAAGAUGUACUGCUCCAGAUGAGCGAAGUGAAGUACAAGAAGGGUGAUGGGACACUGUACGUGAUGAAUGAGCGUCUGGCAUGGAUGGCUGAGCAUCGGGAUACUGUGGCAGUGUCCCAUCGCUUUCAUGACAUCAAACUGCAAAAGAUAUCGCCCGAGGGAAAGCCCAAAGUUCAAUUGCAGGUUGUCCUGCACGAUGGCAAUAGUUCUACCUUUCACUUUGUCAAUCGUAGCGGUACUGCAGCCCAAAUUGCCGAUCGGGAUAAAGUCAAGGAGCUCCUUCAGCAACUUCUGCCGAAUUUCAAGAAGAAAGUCAAUAAGGAACUCGAAGAGAAAAAUCGCAUUCUAAUGGAACAUCCCAAUCUACUGCAACUCUAUCGGGAUUUGGUGAUUACAAAAGUCCUGAGCAGUGAAGAAUUCUGGGCUACACAUGCCAAGCAAUAUACACAGAAUCAGGCGACACAGAAGCAGGAUAUCGGUGUCUCUGGUGCCUUUCUAGCUGAUAUUAAGCCACAGACAGAUGGAUGCAAUGGAUUGCGCUACAAUCUCACCGCCGACAUCAUUCAGUGCAUCUUCAAGACAUAUCCAGCUGUCAAGCGCAAAUACCAAGAGCACGUACCAGCUAAAUUAACCGAAUCGGAUUUUUGGACCAAGUUUUUUCAGUCACACUAUUUUCACAGGGAUAGAAUCACUGCCGGAACCAAAGAUAUCUUCAGUGAAUGUGGCAAAAUUGAUGAUCAAGCACUUAAAGUGGCUGUGGCAGAAGCAUCUGGUGAUCCACUCCUCGAUAUACGAUUAUUUGGUGAUAAUUCACUUGAGGAUGGUUUUGGUGGUGCCUCGUCUGAUCGCAAUGUUGUCAAUAGUGGCAAUAUUGUGCAUCAAAAUAUGAUAAAACGUUUCAAUCAGCAUUCAAUAAUGGUGCUGAAAACCUGUGCUGAUGCUACACAGAUCAACUGUGCUGCUACUUCUGCUGUUGCUGCUGCUGCUGCCAGCAGUAGCAAAAGUGUCGACACCAAUAAAAAUAAUAUAAUCUCAGCCAAUAAUUCGGCCGCUACGACAAAUGGUGUCAAAGAUGGCAAUGGUGUAUCAAGUAGAUCUCAAUCACCACAGCCACCAGUUACCAAGCGUGCCAGAAUUAUGGAAAAGAUUGCUUUUGAGGAUUUGCAGGGGUGUCCAGGAGAUGGUAUUGAUGCCGUGCAGGGUGCCAAGAUGCAGCUGAAUCUGACAAAAGUUGAGAGAUAUUUGCAUGGACCAGUGCCAGUUACGGGGAGCAAUAGUGUUGAUGUUGAUGAACCAAUGCAAGAUUUGGAUUCAGUUCAGAUACAUCUGUUUAAUCUCACAGAUUCGUGGAAUACGAGAACACCACACAAAGUCCUCGUGAGUGCAACGUCAGCUGUCAAUGCACUGAGUGAAUUGAGUCCGGGUGGGGCUCUAAUGCCGGGCUUCCAAGAGCAAACUCUUGCCCAAUUAGUGCCUCCAGAAGCUGAGAAGGAGCUUAAAAAUUUGUAUUUAUCAAUGUCAGAAUUGCUAAGGCACUUCUGGACAUCAUUUCCACCAACAACACAAGAAUUGGAAGCCAAAGUUGUCAAGAUGUACGAAGCACUGCAACGAUUUCAGAUGGCAAAGUUGAAACCAUUUGAGGAACGUGCCAUUCGAGAAUUUUCACCGGUCGGUGCCUCAUUAACACUCCAUUUGAAUCAAUUACUGCAAGCGGCUGAUCGCAAAUUCGUCAAAUGGCGAGAGAUUAAGAUGCGACGGUAGCCCUCAAUAUUACUUUUAUAAUGAAUAAAUUACAGAAAAAAUACCUAAUUGCUAUAUGGAUUUAUUUAAAGAAAGAGGAAGAGAAAAAAAACGGAAAACACGUUAGAGAACCGCAUGUUUCGUGAGAGAAUAAAAUUCGUUCUUUGAGAAA